AUGGCUGACGACACAGAGACUAGGCAUGGAGGAAGCAAGAAUGGAAAGAAAGAAGGCCUCUCUGGAAGCUCUUUUUUCACCUGGUUUAUGGUAAUUGCAUUGCUGGGAGUAUGGACAUCAGUAGCAGUUGUUUGGUUUGAACUUGUAGAUUAUGAAGAAGUUCUAGGCAAGCUUGGGAUGUAUGAUGCUGAUGGAGAUGGAGAUUUUGAUGUGGAAGAUGCUAAAGUGUUGCUAGGCCUUAAAGAAAGAUCUGUCCCAGCACAGCCAGCUUCAGCAGAAUCUGAUGAGACGAUCCAGCCUGCAGAGAAGUCAUAUGUCGAAUCAGAAGUCAAGAGUGCUGACGUAGAUGUGGAAGAGGAAAUUCAGUCUGUUCUUCACGAGGCUCUCCAUUCCCACCCUGGAGAGAGACAUGAAGAUGUAGAUCAAAGUAUAAAUGAUCAGUGGCAAGUGAAGGAAGAAAUACAUGGAGAAACUCUUGAAGCUCCUGCAACAGAUGAGUUGCUCAAAGAAUUAGAAAAUGAAAUGCAAGAAGCUUAUGAGACACCAGAUUCAGUUCAGAAAGAUGCUGAUCGUUUGGCAGAAGAUCUUGGAGCAGUGGAGCCUGAACCAUAUGAAGCUCCAGUUUCAUAUGAAUAUGAUGUGGAAGUAGAAAAUACAGUAAGCGAUCCAGAAGCUCCAGGUGACCCUGAGAUAAUGCUAGAAGAUGCUAUGGAAUAUUAUUUAGAUGAUAAAGUGCAAGACGAUUAUAAUGAAGACAAUGAACCAAAACAUGAUACACAUGAUAAGACUGAGACUCAAGAUACAGCUGUUGAGGACCUUCCGGAGGAGGAGAAUGAAGCUACAGAGCCAGAUGAAAUUAUUGAAGAUUUUGAUACUGAUAAAGAGCUGCCAGUAGAAAGUAAGCAUACAGAAGAGGCUGUGUCCACUGAACCGGAGCAAUCAGAAAUGCCUGUUCAAGCUGAGGAUUAUUCAAAUGAUGAUCUAGUUGGGAAAAGUGGAAAAGAAACUGAACAAGACAAAACAGAGAAAGCUCAAAAGAAGAAGAAACCAAAGCUCUUAAACAAGUUUGAUAAGACCAUUAAAGCUGAACUAGAUGCUGCAGAAAAACUACGUAAAAAAGGAAAAGUUGAAGAAGCUCUAAAGGCCUUUGAAGCAUUAGUGAAUCAAUAUCCACAGAGUCCUCGAGCAAGAUACGGGAAAGCACAGUCUGAAGAUGACUUAGCUGAGAAAAUGAGAAGUAAUGAGAUGCUGCAAAAAGCCAUCAACACCUAUGAUGAGGUGGCUACUCUGCCAAAUGUCCCUUCGGAUCUGAUAAAACUGAGCUUGAAACGAGAAGCAGACAGACAGCAGUUUCUUGGUCGCAUGAGAGGUUCCCUGAUUACUCUACAGAAAUUAGUUCAGCUGUUUCCCAGUGAUACUUCAUUCAAGAAUGACCUUGGUGUUGGUUACCUCUUGAUAGGAGAUAACAACAGUGCCAAGAAAGUAUAUGAAGAGGUUCUAAGCCUCACGCCAAAUGAUGGCUUUGCUAAAGUACAUUAUGGCUUCAUCCUGAAGGCAGAAAACAAGAUUGCAGAGAGCAUACCCUAUCUAAAGGAAGGACUAGAGUCUGGUGACCCUGGCACAGAUGAUGGACGCUUUUAUUUUCAUCUGGGUGAUGCCAUGCAGAGAAUGGGAGACAAAGAGGCAUACAAGUGGUAUGAACUUGGAUACCAAAGAGGUCACUUUGCAUCAGUUUGGCAACGCUCCCUCUACAACGUUAAGGGACUGAAAGCUCAACCAUGGUGGACUGCAAGGGAAACUGGUUACACUGAACUGGUGAAGUCCUUAGAAAAAAACUGGAAGCUCAUUCGGGAUGAGGGGCUUGCUGUGAUGGAUAAAAAAAGAAGCCUCUUUUUGCCUGAAGAUGAGAAUCUACGAGAAAAAGGAGACUGGAGCCAGUUUACCUUAUGGCAACAAGGAAGAAAAAAUGAGAAUUCUUGUAAAAGUGUUCCAAAAACUUGCACUUUAUUGGAAAGAUUCCCGGAAGCUACUGGCUGUAGAAGAGGGCAGAUCAAAUAUUCUAUCAUGCACCCAGGGACCCAUGUUUGGCCUCACACUGGGCCCACCAAUUGUCGGCUAAGGAUGCAUUUGGGCUUGGUGAUCCCUAAGGAAGGCUGCAGAAUUCGAUGUGCCCAAGAGAACAGAACCUGGGAAGAAGGGAAAGUUCUUAUUUUUGAUGACUCUUUUGAACAUGAAGUAUGGCAAGAUGCUAAAACUUACCGCCUGAUAUUCAUUGUGGAUGUGUGGCACCCUGAGUUGACAGCACAAGAGAGACGCACCCUUCCUGCUAUUUAAGAGGUUACUUCUGAUGUGAAAAGCAGGGGAGUUUUAAUCCUUUUGGAAUAUGCCAACAGGAUUUGCUUAUCCAGCAUAUGAAGACUACAAGUAUUCUAAGAGUUAGAAGACAUGAGGAUGACAUUCUACAAGCACGAAGGACUUGAUUAAAAAAAAAAGCAAAAAAAAAGCCAAAAAAAAAAA